CUAGACUCCUGGACAGAGUGGGGUCUUCUUGUUCGGUCACUAAUUCGUGUCCAGCUCCUUGCGACCUCAUGGAAUGCAGCCUGCCAGGCUCCUCUGUCUUCCACUCUCUCGCGGAGUUUGCUCCAAUUCACGUCUGUUGAGUCGGGGUCAGUUUCCCCCUUAGUCAUUAUCUUGUCCCUUCUCUAAUGGCUUCCUGUCUAACUGGCUGGAGGUGAUUCUAGAGUGACUCAGGGACACCCUGCACACCCCCAGAUUCUCUGGAAACGGCAGGGGGUGUAUAUAUACUCUGGCAACAGGCACCAGUGGGAAGGAGGAGUGUAGUAGUGGACCUGCUAGGGGGAGGGUGGACUUCAUUUCCCCGGUGUGGCCACGGAGACAGGGAGGCUGGGCUGUGCGAAGGGCCUGGGGUACGAGGCCCAGAGCUGCCUGGUCUCUUCUCCUACCUCUACCCCAUCCCCAGCUCAGCCCUGCAGCCUGGCCUCUGGCCAGCAGCAGGCUCAGCAGGUCCCCAGGGGUGUGGUGGCGGCUGGUGGUGGAGCCAGCCUACAUCAGCCAGGCAGUCAGUGAAGCAGCACAGUCCACUGGGAAAAGCUGAGCUCCGCGGCUGCCGGAGCCUGGAGAGGCGGCGUGGCCAUGAGCCCUCUGCUCUACUACGCCCUGCCCGCCCUGGGCAGCUAUGUCAUGCUGUCCUUCUUCUUCCUGCGCCGACCUCGCCUGCUACACACACCGUGGGUUCCAGCCUUCCGUCCCCGCCUGGGGGCCCACCGUGGAGGAGCUGGAGAACGCCUAGAGAACACCAUGGAGGCCAUGGAGAAUGCCAUGGCCCAGCGAGCAGACCUCCUGGAGCUUGACUGCCAGCUGACUCGGGACGGCGUGGUGGUGGUGUCACACGACAAAAACCUGUCCCGCCAGACAGGUGUGAACAGGGAUGUGGACAGCCUGAACUUCGAGGACCUGCCCCUCUUAAAGGAAGAGCUAGAGGUCUACUUCUCACCGGGCCGCUUUGCGCGCGGGGCCGACCGGCACAUGGUACGUCUAGAGGACUUGUUCCGGAGGUUCCCGCGGACGCCCAUGAGCGUGGAAGUCAAAGAGCGAAAUGAAGAGCUCAUUCACAAGAUAGCAGGCCUGGUGAGGCACUACGACCGCAACGAAAUCACCGUCUGGGCCUCAGAGAAGAGCUCCAUCAUGAAGAAAUGCAAGGCUGCUAACCCUGAGAUGCCCACCUCCUUCACACUGAGCCGAGGGUUCUGGGUGCUCCUGUUCUAUUACCUGGGGCUGCUGCCCUUCAUCUCCAUCCCCGAGAAGUUCCUCAUCUGCUUCCUGCCGACCAUCAUCAACAGGACCUACUUCCCGUUUUCCCGCUCAAGGCUGAAUCAGCUGGCGGCUGUGGUUGCCAAAUGGCUCAUCAUGAGGAAGAGUCUGAUCCAACAUCUGCAGCAGCGAGGGGUGCAGGUGGUAUUUUGGUGCCUUAAUGAAGAGUCAGACUUCGAAGUAGCCUUCAACCUGGGGGCCACUGGCGUCAUAACUGAUUACCCAACACUCCUGAGGUGCUACUUGGACAGCCGUGGACCACCUGCCCUGGCUUCCUAACCUAGAGGUUCCUCACCCUCUCCUCUGUUUCUCUUCCCCAAUAAAUAUAUU